CCAUAAAUAGCGUUUAGUAGCGAAAUUAUUAAUUAUUGUAAUAAAAUAGGAAAUAAGAUACCUUUUUUUACAAUCGUUUCGCUUAUUAAUAAUUAUUCGUAUUGAAUAAUAACAAGGAUGAAUUUAAACCCAAGUUAUUUGUUAGAUACACUCUUCACUUUGUUCUUAAAAAUAGUAUUGGCAAUAUUAUUAAAAAUAUUAUACAUCAUCAAAGGAGAGGAGAUCAUAGUAACAAAAGUUGAAGUUACUAUUAAGAAAGCAAAUAAAGAGAAGCAAUACACUCAUAUUUUAGACGCAUCAAAAGAUAGAGCAAUUAAACCAAAGGACUUAAUCAAUGAACCCGAUCUUAAAGGCACUCCAUCCGAUAUUAAUAAACAACAAAUAGCUGAGGAAGAAAUGAAAACAAAUCUCAUUACCGGUACUCCAUCUGAAUUGAAACCGGAAGAAAUUAAGGAUGAAAUAAUUAAUGAUAAGAACGAUAAAUCGGAAGAAUAUGGUAUCGAAUCCACACCUGAAAUUCAAGAAAAGCGUGAAAUUCCUCGACUUGAAACUGGUUGCCCAUUUGAAAUGAAAACGUCACAUAAUAAUAUUAGCGGAUCGGGCACUAUACCGUUUGAGUUUUACUGGAAGAAUGGCGGACAGGAAGUUGUAAUCACGGGCGAUUUUGAUGAUUGGCAAGGCACUCAUAAAAUGAAAUUUAAUCCGGCAACUAACGAUUUUGUUGCUGUUGUUGAUAUUGAUCCUAACAAACAAAAUGAAUUCAAGUUUAUCGUUGAUGGGAAUUGGCAACCAAAUUGGGAUUUACCAACACGCACAGAUGAACAUGGAAAUGUUAACAAUAUAAUCUAUGCCUUCCCAUCUGGCCCGUUGAGCCCCGAAUAUAAAGAAUAUGCUGCUCCAUCUUUUCAACUCACUGCCGCUUAUUAGUGUAUCUUAUAUAAAGGUUUCCGUUUUUGAAUCAUAUUUUAGCUCAUAUUGCAGGGCAAAUUGUGUUUGCUAUUAGUCUCUCAUUUUUUUCUUUAUGAAAAAUAUACCUACAGUUUUUUUAAGCAGUUUAAUUUAUUUAUCCGACAUGUUAAUCCACAUUUGUAUAGUUGUAGUUGUAUACCUUACUCCCAAAUUUCAUUAAUAUACUAUGACAAUCUAAUAAAAUAUAUUAAUUUAAAUCAUUACCAAAUAUAUUUUAAAUACUUUUGUACAAAAAGAUAUUAUUAAAUUAAAAAUAAAAUUACUGUUGAUUUGAU